AUGACCUCGCCUGACCUUUGCGUCGAUAUCUCCGACAGCGGCUUCGGAUCCGUCCCGAAUCAACGCCCUGCCCAACGUCGUAUCCUGCCCGUUCAACCUCGACCCCUGUAUCGACUCCGGCGACCCUUUCCACAAGCGAUGAACACUACGAACCGAGCCAGAGAAACGCGUUGCUGGGCCUGGCAAUUUGGAUAUGACAUCCAAAAGGAAGACGACCGCAGAUGGAUCUGCCAAGCGUGCAUUCGCAAGAACACACUGCAUCCACGUCAUUUCGAAGCUGAUGGCAUCCACAACGCGUACAACCAUCUGUUCAACGACCACGGGAUUCGCGCUCCGCCUGGUAGGACCAAAGGAACUGCCGAAAAGAAGGCAGAUUCCAAGAACAGGAGGCCUACGGGGCAGCGGACUCUCGCGGAAUCCUUGAAACUUGAUCUACACGACCCCCGAGAACAAGCAAUCGCGAACGACUUUAUCAAGCGCUUCGACAAGGAAGUGUGA